UCCCCCACUACUACACCCACAACACACACUCUCUCUCUAACAUUUUCUCUUUCUGCAACAAACGACGACACACUCCACGCUGGCAAGAUUCCUCAACCCUUUUCCUUUCCCUUAUCUCUCCCCGCAUCUGCUAACCUUAACAGAAAUUUUCCCGGAAACAAACGGACCUUCUCAAUCUCUAUCCUAUCUCCAUCGCAAUCCCUGCUUCUCCAUCAUGUCGUCUCUUUUCUUCUUUUUCUUCUUCAUCGUAUACAUCUCUGCGCCUCCCACCUACUCCAGUAAUUAAAUAUAACAAAACCAAAUCCCAACUUCCCUAAUAAUAUAAUUUUUACUUGUUUAAAUCAAUCUUCACACAUGGGCUGUGCCACUUCCAAGGUUGACGAUCUUCCGGCGGUGUUGCUCUGCCGCGACCGCUGUGCUUUUCUUGAUGAAGCUAUUCUUCAGCGCUUUGCUCUUGCUGAAGCCCACAAUGCUUAUAUUCACUCCUUGAGAAUGAUUGGUGGUUCUUUGCAUCAUUUUAUCGAACAAGAUUGUACUGGUUCUGGGUUUGUUCCUUUAUCUCCUAAGCUCAAUUUGCCUCCUCAAAGAAAAGGCGAUCCGGUCAGUCUCAGUGAUGAAGGUACUAGUUCACCGAAGAAGGCUAACAUAGCUCACCACUCACACUCCAACUCUGGUUCCCACCUUCACUUUCACUCUGAUUCUGAUGACGACGAUGAUAAUAUCUCGCAUCUCCACCAUUCUGAUCAUUCCUCGCCUUUGCACGGCGUCGGUGGCGGUGGAGGUCAUAUCGAGUAUAUGCCUUCGGAGUACAUGGGUGCUGAGCAAGAUUCAUAUUCCGGAGGUGGGUUUCUACACAUGAAUUAUAUGAAGAAUAAAGCCACCACGCCGUCUGUGGUUUAUGAGCAGAGGCCUAUGACUUCAGAGACUGUUCAUUUCGGUGAAUCUUCAUCUUCUUCUUAUUUUUAUCCCAAUAAUCCUUAUCCGAUGAAUUAUUUUGGAUAUCCAAAUUAUGGUGCUGGUGGCGGCCCAAUGACUGGGUCUUACGGGCCUCCCCUUCCUUACGGAUCUUCAUCUACACAGCCUGCGGCGGCUUCUUCGUCAAAGCCGCCGCCGCCGCCGCCGCCGCCUCCUUCGCCUCCGUCAGGUUGGGAUUUUUUGAAUUUUUUUGAAAGCCAUGAUAAUUACUAUCCUACUUACACCCCAAGUAGAGACUCGAAGGAGUUGAGGGAAGAGGAGGGAAUUCCUGAUUUGGAAGAUGAGGAUUACCAACAAGAGGUCGUGAAGGAGGUCCACGGACACGAGAAGUAUGUUGAUGGUGGUGGAGGUGGUGCUAAGGCUAAUCAUUAUUCGAAAUCAGUGAUGAUGGACGAUGGGGAUGUUAAGGUUGGUGGUGAUAGUGAGGCCUCCCUUUAUCAAACUAGACCAAAAGUGUCAAUGGAUAACGAUGGACUGGAGUAUGAGGUGCAUGUGGUGGAGAAGAAAGUGGUUGAUGAUGAGAGGUCGGAGGAGCACAGAAAUGCCGGAUUCAGGCGAGGAGGUGGUUUGCGGGAUGUCUCUCAAGUUGCUUUCGAAAUCAAGAUUCUAUUUGAGAGAGCUUCUGAUUCUGGGAAAGAAAUUGCCCAGAUGCUUGAAGUGGGUAGGCUUCCUUAUCAGCGUAGACAUGUUUCUAAGAUGUUGCAUGUAGUCACUCCUUCAUUAUCUUUAGUAUCCUCACAGCCAUCUACUUCCAAAAGUGCUGAGGCCUCAUCUUCCACGGACAAGACUGAUCCAGCGUACUUGGAAAUAGAUGAAGAUUUGAAGAUGAGGUCGAAAAACCUUUCUGCUACCUUGCAUAAGCUGCAUCUUUGGGAGAAGAAACUCUAUAAUGAAGUUAAGGCUGAGGAGAAAAUGCGGGUAGUUCAUGAGAGGAAGUGCCGUAAGCUGAAGCGUUUGGAUGAGAGGGGUGCUGAAGCUCAUAAAGUUGAUGCAACUCGGACAUUAAUUAGGACUCUCUCCACAAAGAUAAAAUUUUCAAUUCAGGUUGUAGACAAGAUAUCUGUUACAAUAAACAAUAUUAGGGAUGAAGAGCUAUGGCCACAGCUAAAUGAAUUAAUUCAGGGAUUAACCAGGAUGUGGAAAAGGAUGCUUGAAUGCCAUCAGAAUCAAUGCCAGGCAAUCAAAGAAGCCAAAGGUUUGGGUUCUAUUGGAUCAGGUAAAAAGCUUGGUGAUGAUCAUCUUAAAGCCACGUUGCAGCUUGAGCAUGACCUUCUUAAGUGGACUUCCAGCUUCUCAAGUUGGAUAGGUGCCCAGAAAGGUUAUGUGAGAGCCUUGAAUAGCUGGCUUGGUAAAUGUCUCUUGUAUGAACCAGAAGAAACACCAGAUGGAAUAGCUCCCUUCUCGCCUGGUAGGAUGGGUGCACCUCCAGUGUUUGUAAUCUGUAAUCAGUGGGCACAAGCUAUGGAUACAAUAUCUGAAAAGGAAGUAAUUGAUGCCAUGCGCAUUUUUGCUUCGAGUGUGCUUAAGCUUUGGGAACAGGAUAAAUUAGAAAUGCGCCAGAGAAUGAUGAUGAAUAAGGAUUUGGAGAGAAAAGUUAGAAAUUUAGAUAGAGAGGAUCAAAAGAUACACAAGGAGAUUCAGGCAUUAGACAAGAAAAUUGUUCUUGUUGCAGGGGACAGUUAUAAUCUAUCUGUGGCUGGAAACAUUGUGUAUCAGAGUGAUACUAGCAAUAGCAGUUUACAGGGGAGCCUGCAACGCAUUUUUGAGGCCAUGGAGAAGUUCAUGGCUGAUUCAACUAAAGCUUAUGAGGAGCUAAUUCAGCGUAGUGAAGAAGAGAGGCUUGCUCGAGAGCAUGAGAGAGUUUCAUAGGGCUGUAUGGUGCAAUUGAAUGCAUCGUUUCUUUUGAACUGCUAAUUGUCAGGUGCAACAUAAAGUCCCAUGAGAAAUGUAUGGAGUGCAGGAUCUGCCAGAAUUUAUGAUGUCGAAUUAAACUGCUCCAGUUAUCCCUCUUGUGGUCUUGUAGUGGAGCACUCCUGGUUUUGAAGCCUUCGAUUGAGGGUAGACUUCUUCAGGUGGUGGAUGAUGGUGUAUCUUGGUUUCAGUGGCAAGCCAUAUUACUGGCUAAAAUUUUGUUGGCAGAUAUAAUUGUGAGGGCGAUGAGAUGAUUUCAUCUCUUUUAGACCAGACGUGGCUUUUACCAUAUUGAUCCAACAAUUAUGAUUGGAUGAUGAUAUGGAAUUGAUAAAAGGAGGCAAUGGUCAUAUGAUAAUGCCAAUUCAAAACCAAAUUCUGUCACUUCUGUAUGUUCUGCAAAACAGUUGCUGGCCAGCUCUUAGGAUUGCAUUUGAGUACGGCGAUGUUGAUAAUAUGUGGUGCUUGUUGAUGCCCUAUUGCCAUUAAUUUGCUAUCAAGCACUAGGCUUCAAGGAAGUAAGACAGAAAUAAGCUUGACAGAUCCAAGUAAAGCAGAUAUUUCCCCGCAAUUUUGAUGAGGAUGUGUUCGGUUGUAGGUGCAAGGGCUGUGUAGGUUGACGCAAGUCAGAGAAUUGCCCAGAUAGCAGAUGUUCCUUUUUUUCUCCCAAAAUAUUUAUUUAUAUUAAUUCUUGUACAGGCCUUUUUCACUGAAAAGACUUCCAAUAAAGGGUAUUGCUGAAAAUGUGCGGAAGGUUUUAAUGAUGUAGCAGAUAGAGUAUUCUGCGUAGUUUCAGGCUGUUCAAGCUGUAGGCUUCCACAAUGUUUAUAAAAGUUAGAACAUUCUCGCUA